AUGGACUCGAACGGGACUGGAGAAGACCUUGGGGACUGUCUGGACGACGUUGGUGGCGUUAAUGGCAGUGCAGCCUUGGACUACGCUGUAUCGCAUGUCGACGGAACGGUGGUGUGCAAAUUGUGUGGCGAGUUUUUGCCGUCGAGAAUGCACUGGUACCGGCACAAGUACAGAGUACAUCAGGUCCGGAUGUACAUGUGCAAGAAGUGCAACACGGCGUUCAAGUCGAAACGUGGGCUGGACAAUCACUCAGUCCUCAAGCAUCACGCGUCCCCGUCGGCCAGGAUUCAAGGCUGUCCAGAUCGUGUAAUCGCGGACGAGGAGCGAUUUCUGCUAGACAUCAUCGAGCGGGUGAAGAACGAGUGUCGAGGCACUGGCGUCGAUCUAGACCGGAAGGGUUACAACAAACACUUCAGCCACCUUGACGGAGGCACUUCCGCAUCCGGCUCCGGAAGCCAACCCUCUGAUCCGCUGCUGGACCUUUAUCACGAGGAAGAAGAUUCCAAAUGAUCUGUGGAGGCAUUGUUUUUACGUUUGUUUGUUCCGUGCUGUUGUUCGUUUUAUAGAGUUCAGACUUUUAGCGUGCCAAAAUGAAGGAAUGUCGAGCAUCUCAAAGAAGAACAAAGAUUUUUUUUGAGGUAUGUGGCUGCAGUUAAAAGCUACUCAGCAGAAUUAUUUCCACACCUCAGCGAGAAUGAUAAUACUUCCCGGGUGUUUUUGGGCGAUGUCGAUGUCAAAGCUUCGAAAUACUUUUCAAAGGUUGAAAACGAGAAUCCUAAACCAAGUUUCAGUGAGUGCUCCUUCAAUCGUCUUGUCAUUCUUGGAAACCGAUUUGCAUGAUACUGGACUUUUUUUUUAAAUAAAUUUCGCGUGUCACAAAAGGUCGACUGUCAUAUGCAAACAUAAAAGUACUGCUCUAGAAUGUGACCUAACACCUUAACUUCAUUCCAGUGCGCAUGGAGCUAAAAUUCGGGUGACCAACCUGACUGACUACAUAAGUGUUAGUAAAUCGGAGCUAACCCCUCCACAUUCUUCAUGGAAGACUGGGCAGGUUUACUUUUUAAAUUUUCAUCGCUUGUAAGCGAUCCACAAAACCGACUCAACGUCUGCACCCAGUAGGAUGUAUAUACUGUGGGGCCCUUAGUAAAUGACUUUGAUUUUAUGAAAAGGAGGAGAACGAUCUCCACAUUAAACAUAAACACCGGAGUUAACGGAAUAUGAUUGCGCCGUUGUGUGGCCCAGAGAGAGUAUGUCAAUGAAUAAUAACGAUAUUGUGACUGACAACUGAUUUGUGAUUGUUUUCUGGUUAACCAUGAAUAAGUACUGUACAGUACAGAGAAACCUUCCAGGCCCCUUUACUGUAUUCCUGUUACGGCUCCAAAACUUCUUUAUUCCUUUGCUUGUUAAUUUUUUGUCGCUUCAAUUAUAUAUUCUCCCUGUUGAGCGUUCCGAGGUUGGUUGUGUAGUAGAAAUGAAAUUUACGGAUGACAUCACUUCUGAAGUCGAACGCAUACUAGAAGAGCGCCGUGUUUUUUGUACGAACUCCCGUUCACAUGUCUUUCACACGUUUUUGCGAAUACGGCUUCACUCGCAGAAUAUAUUUUUUUCGACCUCGACUUCCGGAGCGAGCGCGUUUUCUUCAAGUGAAAAUGUUCGCUUUUUUUCUUCUGAUGGAAAUAUUGUGCAUUAAGGAACUCUUUUCGAGCACUUGAAUGAUACACCCCCUCCAUAGAUGAGGUAUUUUCUUGAGAUCUCGAAGUAAGUAUCGGUAAACUGAAAAGAUUCCGCGUUGGUUCAUAAUAUGUUUUUGUUUUGUUCGGAAAAAUGAUUCUCGGGAAAGAUUUUUGGCUUUCAUGAUUCAGGGAAUGCGGUGCAUUGAAUUUUGGUUUAUGCAGUUUUUUGUUUCGUUUUUGCAGCCUGUGUGGAGAACAAUUGUUUGAUUUUUUUAGUGUGAAUGAAAGGAAACGUUAUUUUUAUGGUGCUUGAUGGAAACGAACGAAGGAUGCUAGCUCCUGUUUCUGUCUAAUUUUUUGUCCCAGUCUCGAGAGAAUUUGAAUUGUCAGGGAAUUUAAAUAAAAGUAUUUAAAUAUAAUUAAUUGAUUCAUGAA